AAAUAAAGCUGACAGUUAAUUUGAAAAUUUGCUUCAAUUUCAGUGAUUUUGCUCUAAUAAUUUUCAAUGGAGUAGCCAUUAUUCAACUUUAAACUGUUGCUUCACUGAUUGUUAACAGAGUGUAUAUCAAGAGUGAACAAAAUGGGCGAGAAGAUGAUCACUAUAAGAACCGGACUUGAACUGAGAUUAAAACAGCAACCACAAUAAAUUGCCUACAUUUUUGUUCAGUUAUGGUUUAAUUGCCCUCAAUUGUAACCUGAUUGUCAACUAAACUCCUUCAAACUCAUCGACUCCUUGCCAUCAUAACAAACCGUUUUCACUUCACUAUUUUACUUGCAACUGUUAGAUGAGUGAUGAUCAAUAUAAAUGAAUAGUAUCUAAAUAAACACAGCUGAAUCAAGAUGAAGUUAAUACCGUGUUAUAAAGUGUUUCGACGUUUUUACAAUACUUACAAUUAUUCACCUCUGGCCUCAGUCACUCCACAGAUUACACCAACAUUUACACCAAAAACCACAUCAAACCUAAAAGUCAAUCCAACCGAAAACUGGCAAAAUGUUUUUAGUUCAGCAACCUUUGAUGACCAAUGGAGUAAAUUGUGCUGUGAAGGGGAAAAGCUCGUUCACUAUUCAACGACUCAGUUUAAUUCAAAAUACCUGGAUAAUCAAGAGAUUACCAAUGUGACUUUACAAUUAAAGAAACUGGCUGGAACUAAUCAUCCUCUUCUCAAAACAGCAAAGCGAUUGAUGGCAGAAGGCAACUCGAUUUCAACAAGUACACUAGUUGUGUUGUUAUUAGCUAAGGCGUUUGGACCCAAUUCAGAUAAGUUGACCACAAAUCAUUCAAAUAUUAUUCGAAGUCAAUGUUUACUUGCUGAAAUGAUUGAAUUAAUCAACUCAGCCUAUUAUAUCCAUAGAAGUGUCCUCAAUCUCAAUUCAUAUUUGACUGGCAAUAAUGGACUUGUGGUUGGUAACAAGAUGUCCAUUUUAUCAGGUGAUUAUUUACUGGCCAGUGUUUGGAAUGGAUUGUGUGAAUUGAAAAACACACCGGUCGUUGAAUUAAUGGCUUCAAGUAUAUCUAACUUGAUGGAAGGUCAGUUUAUCAGGGAAAGUGAAUCUAUUCACGAUUAUACAGUUGAAAGUUGGGAGAAGCGUAAUUUUAAGCUUUAUGGGUCGCUCAUGGCUAAUAGUUGUCGGUCAGUUGCUGUCUUGGCCAAUAAAAGCUCAAAGGUUCAAUCUUCAGCCUACAAUUUUGGUCUAAAUUUCGGUCUAGCCUGGCAAUUAGCUAAUGAAAUGAAACCUUUCCUCGAUCCAUUCCCUCCGACAACAAAUAACCAAGACAAUCACUUAUUUGAUCCUAAUUCAACCCCCUUGUUGAUGCACCUUUUAUCAAGCCAGGAUACUUUCAUUGAUACAGAUUUUACUCAAAUGAAUCAAAAACAAUUGUAUCACUUGAUCCGUUCUGGUGAAGCAAUUGAAUUGACUCGAGAGAUGAAAAACUGUUAUGCAUUGAGUGCAUUAAAUUCAUUGAAAGGUCUUCCAAAUAAUGAUUCAUUCCUUCUUUUAUCAAAAUUUGUAGCCAUUUUAUUGAUGCUUUAAGCCUUCCAUUAUGUAAAUCUAUAUUAAUCUUCUAAAUAUUGAUAUUAAUGCAAAAAAUUACUCAAAAUAAACCAACAAUUUA